AUGGAGCUGUCUACAUUGCAAGUGGUGUGUGACCGAGUCGGUGCUCUGAAAAGGAACGUCGCUUUGCAGGAGCUUUACCUCUCUGAAAACAAGCUCAACGGCUACCAGGACUCCAUGCAACUUGCAGACCUCCUUAAAUACAACAACACUCUUAGAGCCUUGGACCUAAGCAACAAUACCACGUCUGACUCAGGUUUGGAGGAGAUUUGUGAUGCUUUGAGCUUUCAGAAGACUGGUUUGAGAACGCUGAUACUGAGUAACAAUCACAUCACUCAUCGUGGCAUGAGCCAUCUACAGAAUGUUCUGCCCCACUUAAAAACCCUCGAAACAUUAAACCUUGGCAAAAACAACCUUGAGAACAGAGGCAUUCACACGCUAAAGGAGUCCCUCAUGAUCAAUCGCUCUUUAUUGCAACUUGGCCUAGCUGCCACAGGAAUAACAUGCGAGGGUGCUGUGACUUUGGCUGAGAUCCUUGCAGAAAGUCGACAGAUCCAGCGGUUGGACGUACGGCAGAAUCAGGUGCUUGCUGGGGGCCUCAUGGCUCUCUCAUUGGCCUUAAAGAUCAACCGUUCACUCAUCAGACUGGAUCUGGACCAACACAUGAAAGAGGAAAAGAGUCAGGUUGCUGUGAUGUCUCUCAUUAAGGAUCAUUAG